AUGUUCAAGCGAGUCAAGCGCCCAGCUUGGACGUGUCCACAAUGUAUUCACAAUCAACCUCAAUACAUCAGACGAUCCCUAGUCACCACCAGCAAUGCUCGAGGAGCCGCUGCAGCAGCCAUCGCCGCGGAGGACGUUCACCCGGUCUCCAAGACGGCGACCAGCAUAGGUCAUGACGAUCGAACAUUACGACAGAUAUUUGACUCGCCAAAAUUCUGGAAAGAGUUCUCUUCUCGAUCAAAGCAUGGCUAUGGAGCGAAAUCUGCAGGGUUGUUUCGGAAUCGUCAUCUCACAAGACCAGAGGGAUUCGCCGAAUUCGCAAAUGUCACGCUGGAGAAAUGUCAAAGCAUCGUGGCGAGCGUGUUGGCUUGCAACACCAUCGAAGGGUACAAGCGGAUGGUCAGAGACCUUGAUCGCCUGAGUGAUCUCCUCUGUCGUGUCAUCGACCUCAGCGACUUUGUGCGAAAUGUCCACCCUGACCGGAGGAUUCAAGCGGCAGCGACACAGGCGUACACUGCCAUGUUUCAGUAUAUGAAUGUACUGAACACCACGCAAGGUCUCAACGACCAACUACAGAAAGCAUCGUCGAUACCAGAGGUGCAGGCUUCAUGGAAUGAGGAAGAGAAGACGGUCGCGGCGAUACUGAUGCGAGACUUUUCCAAGUCGGCGAUCGAUUUAACAGAUCAAGAUCGGGCAGACGUGGUCGACCUCUCCGACGAGAUCGCAGUGCUCGGGACCGAAUUCGUGGAUAACAUGGCCGCGGAACAGCCAUCGCUUGUGUUUCCCAGCAGCAAAUUAAAAGGCAUGGAUCCGAUGCUCGUCCGACAGCUGACAUCCUGGGGUACCGUCACUCUGCCUACAGAGGGAAUGCCGGCGAUGCAGGCAUUGCGCAGUGUAGAAGAUGCCGAUACGAGACGGGAGAUAUACAUGGCACAUCGAACAUCUGCGCAGUCCAAUAUCGAUCGCCUGGAGCAACUUCUCCAGCGGAGGGCUGAGCUCGCCAAAUUGGCGCAAUUUGAAAGUUACGGACACAUGACUUUGGCGGAGAAGAUGGUCAAGACGCCCGAAGCAGUCACCACGUUCUUAGAUGCUCUGGCGGAGGAGAACGCACCUCGAGUCCGCGCAGAACUGCAAGAGCUGCUCGAUUUCAAGAAAAGCGACGCUCGAGCGGGUAACAACCCUUCUGCGUUGAAUGCAUGGGAUCGCGAUUAUUACAGCUCUCGAUUGAUGGCGGCUCAGCGAACCAAGACUCGGACCCCCGAUUUUCUCAGCGCAUAUUUCUCUCUGGGGAUCGUCUUCCAAGGUCUAUCAAGGUUGUUCCAUCGACUGUAUGGAAUCCGUCUGGUGCCAACCGAGCCUCUUCCGGGAGAGACUUGGAACGACGACGUUCGACGUCUCGACGUGAUAGACGACGAUGAAGGUCACAUCGCAGUCAUCUACUGCGAUCUAUUCGAGAGACCAGGAAAGAGCCCCAACCCCGCACAUUUCACACUGCGCUGUUCUCGACGCAUAAGCGAGGAGGAGCUCCAGGAAGCCUCCUCCACCAUCCACUCCCAGUCGAACUCACCCUUCACCACUCCCGAAGAAGCCGUCAACGACGGCCUCGCCACCGCCCGCCGCACCGCCGAACCCAACAAACCCCUCUACCAACUCCCCACCAUCGCCUUGAUCUGCGACUUCGCGCGCUCCACCCCCUCCGCCUCCUCCACCACCCCACCCAGCCUGCUCACCUUCCGCGAACUCACCACGCUCUUCCACGAGAUGGGCCACGCGCUGCACAGCAUCUGCGGGCGCACGGCGCUCCAGAACGUCGCGGGGACGCGCUGCGCCACCGACUUCGCCGAGCUGCCCUCGGUGCUGUCCGAGAACUUCGCCUCCGACCCGGCCGUCCUCGCGCUCUAUGCCCGCCACUGGGAGACCGACGCCCCGCUCGACCCCGCCCGCGUCCGGCAGCGCGUGGACCUCGACCGGCGCAUGAUGGGCGCCGAGACCGAGAGCCAGAUCCUCCUGGGCAUGCUCGACCAGGUCUACCACUCCGCGGCCCCGCUGGACUGGGGCCUCCCGGCCGCCCGUCCCUCUCCGUCGUCGACCCAGCCGGAAUCGCCCAGCACGGCCCUCUACCACGCCGUCUCGCGCCGCUACGCCCUCCUCCCGGAGCCGGCGGGCACGCGCUGGCAGGGCUUCUUCGGCCACCUGUUCGGCUACGGCGCGACGUACUACAGCUACCUGUUCGACCGCGCGAUCGCGGGCAAGAUCUGGGCGGACGUCUUCCAGCGGGGCGCCCCCAACUCUCCUUCCUCGUCGUCUCCUCCCGGAGGCGGCGCGGUCGACCCCGCCGCGGGCAGGCUCUUCCGCGACGAGGUCCUCCGCUGGGGCGGCGCGCGCGACGGAUGGCGCUGCGUCGCCGGGGUCCUGGGGGAGGAGCGAGGCGGCGUCCUCGCGCAGGGGGGCAAGGGGGCGAUGGAGAUGGUGGGGAGGUGGGGGGUGCAUUCCUCGUGA